CAGAUUGAAAGUUGCAUGAAACGUCAGUGGUGAUAAAAAGAGUGCACUUUACUGAAUUUACUUUCAUUUUUGUUUUCGGAUCGUUUUAUAAUUUUAUUUUUGCGCUGGAAAAGUUAUAAUUCGGUUGUGUAUAAUGAGCUGUUAACUUGACUGCAAAGGCAAAUGUUUAAAAGCGGUUUUCUGAAAUAAAAAUUGUUCCAUUCAAUGGACCUGGUCACUGUACAUAAAAUUACGCGGAACGUCAUUCAUUUCGCAAAUGCAACAACAGGUCCAUAGCAACAGACUCGAGGUCCAGCCACCAUCUCUUCCUCCAAGACAGAAUCGAAAAUGUGAUUUAGACAUCAACCUUCAUCAACGUAUCGCUGAGAGCAGCCCAGUGAAUGGUGACACAGUUCCACCCCCAUUACCUCCGAGAGCCAUUCCACGUGCCUCUCCAGAUGUAUUGAACGAUCAGCGUGUCAUUGUCUAUCAAAAUGGUGCGAGCUCUGUGCACGAUUUCACAGCACAUAUGCAAGCAUUGAGCCUGUAUCAAAGCGAAACGACACCUCCGCCUUAUCCUAUUCAAACAUUGUCAUCAUCACGACCACCCAGCUACGCUGCUCACAUCCAAAGUCGACAGAGUCCGUGUCAAUCGCAUUCAGAUUAUCGAAAAAGUCCCAGUUCUGGCAUCUAUUCGGCCACCAGUUCGCCCAGCCCCAUCACCAUUUCACAACACUCUUUGUCGCCGUAUCAACUUCCUGCACGACCACCACCCAUACCAGAUGUUCAACGAUGGCAACAGAAUCAACAACAGAACAUUGUGAUGCAAUCAGUCAAAUCCAUUCAAGUGCAGAAGCCUGUUCUGCAGACUGCUUUAGCACCUCCUCCACCACCACCCUCAUAUGCGUCAUCAAUUCAAAGCAAAAUACAGCGAACUGGCUCACCUUUAAUCGUCAAACCACAAAACAUUGCAACUCGAAACGAUAGUCCAGGCUCUGUCAAAGCGUCGUCAAAUCCCGGCUUUUCUUCUGUCGCCAGCCAAGUCCAGAAUGUGAAAGACCAACCCGAACCGGCAAAACAGUCACAAAAUGUGCCAAAGAACGAAAGCAACACCACUGCCACUGCGACAAACACAACCGAAACUACCAUCAAACAUCAGUCGCCGAUUCCUCAGCGAAAGCAAAUUUCCAAAGAGAAGGAGGAUGAACGAAAAGCACUCAGAAUUCGUCAGUAUUCACCGCAAGCGUUCAAAUUUUACAUGGAACAGCAUGUGGAGAAUGUACUGAAAUCGUAUAAGCAACGAAUGUUCCGCAGGAAACAAUUGGAACGCGAAAUGUCGAAGAUCAAUUUGUCCGAGGAGGCACAGGUUCAGUUGCGUAAAAUGCUCAACCAAAAGGAAAGCAACUAUAUUCGACUGAAGCGUGCCAAAAUGGACAAGUCGAUGUUCAUGAAAGUCGAGCAUAUCGGAGUCGGUGCGUUUGGAGAAGUAACUUUGGUGAGGAAAAUCGAUGCAACGAAUCAUUUGUAUGCAAUGAAGACGUUGAGAAAAUCGGAUGUGCUGAAGCGAAACCAAAUGGCGCACAUAAAAGCUGAGCGUGAUAUUUUAGCCGAAGCGGACAAUGAAUGGGUAGUGAAAUUGUACUAUUCGUUCCAGGACAAUGACAAUUUGUAUUUCGUCAUGGAUUACAUACCCGGCGGCGAUCUCAUGAACCUUCUUAUCAAAAUGGAAAUAUUCGACGAACCAUUUGCCAGAUUUUACAUAGCCGAACUGACUUGUGCCAUUGAAAGUGUUCACAAAAUGGGAUUCAUUCACCGUGACAUUAAGCCCGACAACGUAUUGAUCGAUGCUGACGGGCACAUAAAACUAACGGAUUUUGGACUUUGUACGGGCUUCAGAUGGACUCAUGACUCCAAAUACUAUCAGAAGACAGGUCACGCACGACAACAUUCCAUGGAACCGUGGGAAACGGAAGAUGGAAACAAUAAACCAACUGUGCUAGAACGGCGUCGACAGCGAGAACGCCAACGCUACCUCGCUCAUUCUUUAGUCGGUACACCCAAUUUCAUAGCACCGGAAGUGCUAGAACGCAGUGGUUACACUCAACUGUGUGAUUGGUGGAGCGUCGGUGUAAUUUUGUACGAAAUGCUUGUUGGCAAGACUCCGUUCCUGGCUAACACUGCCGCCGAAACACAACUGAAAGUGAUCAAUUAUCGUAAAACGUUACACAUACCCGCAGCCGCCAAUCUAUCCGAAAAUGCGACCGACCUAAUACUACGUUUGUGCACAUCACCAGACCGUAGACUCGGCAAGAAUGGUUCCGGCGAAGUAAAAGCUCAUCCAUUUUUCAACGAAAUCGAUUUCUCGCUGGAUCUGCGGCAACAGAAAGCGCCGUAUAUCCCGAAAAUUGCGCAUCCGCUGGACACAUCCAAUUUCGAUACAAUCGAUCCGGAUCAACUGCACAAUUCGUCGUCGAAUUCGUUUGAUUUCAGUAACGAUCCGGAGAAGCCGCUGCACGGCUUUUAUGAGUUCACAUUUCGGCGAUUCUUUACGGAUGAUAAGAUUUUCAUGGAUAUGGAUGAGGAUACCAAGCAGAACACCAUGAAUGUUUAGCUCGAGGACGAUUUUCAGUCGAAAAUUGAAUUUGUUCUUCGAGCUUUUUUUGACUUGAAUCGAAAACGUUAGGUCGGUUUUAAUGGGUGAUUGGUUUGUUAAUUAAUUUAUAUUUGUUUCGGUGUCACAAACUAUACCAUGAACCGUGGACUACUCGAACUAAGUGUGUAAUUAGGGCAAUGAACAACCCAGUGUCUUGAAAAUCAUGUUGCUGAUCAAUUGACAGCCAUUAACAACGUUUUAUAAGCGACAGAUGUAUUCAGAGGCUGUCCAUAAACCACGUCCACUUUGAAUGGGGACGAUGGCAUGGCACACGCCAUGUUAAAGCAGGAACGACUAAGUAGAAGAUGCGGGAGACUGGAAAUCUGAAAAAACAGCAGACGUCGUUUAUGGACAGCCCUGCCCUUUGCUUAUGUCGCUUAUGUGUAAAACGUGGCAAUAGUUGAGAAUAAUGAAAUUAGAAGGCAGAAGAUAUAUGCCACUUGUGGCUGCACCUAGACCUUGGUCAAUACUCCAACCUUCAAAAAACUUUCUACUGUUCAUUUAAAAUUUUAAUUUUCGUUUCGUAGGAUAUGUGUGCCCAGUGUGUGCCUUCAAAAUAUUGGCAGAAAAAAUUUAUUGUUAAGAUGUGACUUGAACUGCUAACUGCCUUAAUAUAUAUGUUCUUAUUUGGUGAAAGAAAUAAGAAAUAAAGAAAAAUAAUUUUUUAUGA